UGGACCGGGUUUGUUCGUAUUUAUACAGUUCGUAGUGUCUGUUUUCAGAGCUGUUUCUGGGAACAGAAACAAUGAUUCUUCUUCGGAGGCUUGUUGUUCUGUCUGCAUCAUCCUAUUCAAAUCUCAGAAGAAGCCAAUCACUUUCAUCUUCGACCGUUCGUCUUCUCUCAUCAUCAACGACGACGACGUCGCAACGAUACUCCGGUGACGAUAAACUCGCAAGGCUAAAGCACAAGGACUGGUUAGCUCCAAACGAGGUUUUGAAAAUCUUCGAGAAUGUCAAAGAUCCGAGCUUUCUGAUACCUGCUUACCAACAUUACUCUAAACGUAAAGACUACCAACCAACGGAGUCUCUCUACGCACUUCUGAUCAACAAGUUCGGACAAGCUAAGAUGUUCGACGAAAUCGAAGAAGUAAUGAGAAUCAUAAAGCUCGAGAAACGAUGUCGUUUCUCGGAAGAGUUCUUCUACAAUCUGAUGAAGGUUUACGGGAACUUAGCCGGUAGAAUCAACCGAGCGAUCGAGGUUUUGUUCGGUAUGCCUGAGUUUGGAUGCUGGCCGAGUUCCAAAAGUUUCAAUUUCGUUUUGAACCUACUCGUUUCCGCGAAGCUGUUCGAUGAGAUUCAUAAGAUAUUUGUGAGUGCUCCUAAGCUUGGUGUUGAGAUUGAUGCUUGUUGUUUGAAUAUACUCAUAAAAGGACUUUGUGAGAGUGGGAACUUGGAAUCUGCACUCCAACUGCUCGACGAAUUUCCUAAACAAAAAUCACGGCCCAAUGUGAUGACUUUUUCACCUUUAAUCCGUGGGUUUUGUAACAGGGGAAAGUUCGAAGAUGCUUUUGAGUUGUUGGAGAGGAUGGAGAAGGAACGAAUCGAACCAGACACGAUCACGUUUAACAUUUUGAUUUCAGGGCUUAGGAAGAAAGGUAGGGUUGAUGAAGGGAUUGAACUUUUGGAGAGAAUGAAGUUAAAGGGGUGUGAACCAAACCCUGGGACUUAUCAGGAGGUUUUAUAUGGUCUCUUGGAUAAAAAGAGGAACUUGGAAGCUAAAGAGAUGAUGAGUCAGAUGAUCUCAUGGGGUAUGAGACCUAGUUUUCUUUCGUAUAAAAAGAUGGCUCUGGGGCUCUGUGAGACGAAGUCAGUUGUGGAGUUGGACUGGGUUUUGAGGCAAAUGGUGAAUCAUGGUUUUGUUCCUAAAACAGGUAUGUGGUGGAAAGUUGCUAACUGUGUUGUUUCGAAGAAUAAUAAUGACUGGAGAGAAAAUUUGGAUCGUGUUACUACUGCUUGCCAAGAAACUCUUGGAUAAGGUUUUAUGCAUUCUGCUGUGUUGUUUGAAAGAUGGAAUAUGCUAUGCACAGAAGCUGGAAGAAGUAAGACACAGACUCGUUUAAAAGAGACUCGUUAAAAAGCAAGAUAAGAGACUCAACAUUCAAAACUCAAUGUACAAGUAAAUCUUGUGG